ACAUCAAAGCCCCAGUAUAUGAUUUCUAUUCAAACGAAAAGAUAUUCAUUUAACCUUAAAAAAAACUUUCCCUUCGAGUUUAAGACUCUCACUCAACAAUUUUUUCGUGUCAAAUUAUAUUCAAGUAUGGCCACAUUCAAUCGUACUACAUUAGAAGAAGUAUUGAAGAAACGUUUUUUUUAUACACCUUCUUUCCAAAUUUAUGGUGCUGUUGCCGGUUUUUAUGACUAUGGUCCUCCAGGCUGUGCGCUUCAAGCAAAUAUCAUUGAUUUAUGGCGCAGGCAUUUUAUAUUAGAGGAAGAUAUGCUUGAAAUGGAUGGUAGCAUUAUGACGCCGGCUGAGGUAUUAAAAACUUCCGGUCAUGUUGAUAAAUUUACAGACUGGAUGGUUAAAGACUCAUUGAAAACUAGUGAUAUAUAUCGUGCUGAUCACCUUAUUAAACAAGAACUAGAAACUAGAUUAGAAGGUGAUAAGCAAGCUAGAGCUAAAUUAGAUGGUAACGUUCAAUCAGAGAAGAGCAAAAAGAAGAAUGAUAAGUCUCAGAUGGUAAAAUUGGAAGAUUCUGUUAAGGCGGAAUAUGAAGAUAUUAUAACACGGAUCAGCAAUUAUAAUGGUGUUGAAAUUGGAGAAGUCAUACGUAAAUAUAAUAUAAAGAGUCCUGAGACUGGUAAUGAUCUAACCGAACCCGAGGAAUUUAAUUUGAUGUUUGAAAGUAGUAUUGGUCCUACUGGACAUCAAAAAGGAUAUCUUCGACCAGAAACGGCUCAAGGUCAAUUUUUAAAUUUUAAAAGAUUUCUUGAAUUCAAUAAUGACAAGAUGCCGUUCGCGUCAGCUUCAAUUGGUCGUUCAUUUAGAAAUGAGAUUAGUCCAAGAUCUGGCCUUAUCAGAGUCAGAGAAUUUACUAUGGCUGAAAUUGAACAUUAUGUGGAUCCUAACAAUAAGACUCAUUCUCGUUUUAAUGAGGUGAAAGAUAUAAAACUUCGUCUCGUUCCUCGAUCUGUACAAUCAGAAGGUAAAAUGGAUCCUAUCGAAAUGGCUAUCGGCGAAGCUGUAGAAAAAAAAAUUGUAGAUAACGAAACUCUUGGCUAUUUCUUAGCCAGGACAUACUUGUUUUUGACUAAACUCGGAAUUAAGCCAGAUAGGCUUCGAUUCCGUCAACAUAUGCCUAAUGAAAUGGCUCAUUAUGCAUGUGAUUGUUGGGAUGCAGACAUUCAUAAUAGCUAUGGAUGGAUUGAAUGCGUUGGUUGUGCUGAUAGAUCAGCAUAUGACUUAACAGUUCACUCAAAUCGUACCAAGGAAAAACUUGUAGUACGAGAGAAUUUAGCCGAACCAAUGAUUUAUGAUAAAACCGUGUUAGAAAUUAAUAAAAAAGUCUUUGGACCUAAAUUAAGACAAAACUCAAAAACUGUAGAGGAUUAUUUGACUAGCUUAAAUGAAGAACAACUUGAGGCCUUGAAAAAAGCUUUAGAAGAUGGAAAUGGUACUACAAAAGUUCCUGGCACCGACGGAAAUCAAUAUGAAAUUACAAGUGAAUAUUUAACAAUUAAACGUCAAACUUUCACAGAACAUGUCAGGGAAUAUACUCCUAAUGUAAUAGAGCCUUCUUUUGGUAUUGGUCGUAUUUUAUAUUCUUUAAUUGAACACGUAUAUUGGACACGUAAAGACGAUGAACAGAGAUCAGUUUUAUCGUUCCCUCCGCGUGUUGCUCCUUUCAAAUGUUUAUUAGUCCCACUAAGUAAUAAUCCAGCUUUUACAGACCUUGUUGACGAGCUCGCUAAACGGAUUCGCAAGCUAAGUAUUGCAAUUAAAGUUGAUGACUCCUCUAACUCUAUCGGACGUCGUUACGCACGUAACGAUGAACUUGGAACACCAUUCGCGAUUACAAUAGAUUUCCAAUCCGUGAAUGAUCGCACAAUAACGUUACGAGAACGAGAUAGCACAAAACAAAUAAGAGAAAAUAUUGAUACCAUACUCCAAGUUCUAAAGGAUUUAUUGGAAGAAAGUACCACUUGGGAAAAAGUUAUGGAAACAUAUCCAACUUUCACGCAGCAAGAACUCGACUGAUGAUUAAAUAUUAAUAAAUCAAGUUUAUAUUUAAUGAUUAUCAAUGUACAUUUUUUAUCGGCCAAUCGGAUUUUUUCAUGAUUAUUAUAAAUUAUGCAUCAGGCAUAUAUCAGUUCAAAAAAAAAAAUGUAUACCGGUCUUAGAAAUUCUACACUUUCUCUUUCUUCUUUAUUUAUUAAACAAAAUAAACAAAAU